AUGCGCAAGGCGGCGGCACACUGGAAGGCGAAGGCGGAGGCGGCGCAGCAGGCAGCGCCGGCCGAGGGGUCUGACGCUGCGAGCCAGGUGGAGGCGGAGGCGGUGGCCCAGAAGAUGCGCAAGGCGGCGGCACACUGGAAGGCGAAGGCGGAGGCGGCGCAGCAGGCAGCGCCGGCCGAGGGGUCUGACGCUGCGAGCCAGGUGGCGGCGGCGGAGGCGGCGGCGGAGGCGGCGAGGACGGAGGCGGCGGCGGCGGGCGUUGCGAAGACCGAGGCGGAGGCGAGGCUGGCGGCGGCGGCGGAGAGUGCCAAGGCUGAGACGGCGGCGGCGGAGGCGGCCAAGGCGGAGGCGGAGGCGAUCGGCAACGCCAAGGUGGAGGCGGAGGCGGUGGCCCAGAAGAUGCGCAAGGCGGCGGCACACUGGAAGGCGAAGGCGGAGGCGGCGCAGCAGGCAGCGCCGGCCGAGGGGUCUGACGCUGCGAGCCAGGUGGAGGUGGAGGCGGAGGCGGUGGCCCAGAAGAUGCGCAAGGCGGCGGCACACUGGAAGGCGAAGGCGGAGGCGGCGCAGCAGGCAGCGCCGGCCGAGGCGGGCCAGAGCGCUGACCAGCCCAACGAGGCUGCCGACCAGACCUCCCGCGUGGCGGAGCUGGAGAAGAAGCUGGAGAGCAUGGAGGCGGCCGUGGAGAAGCUGCGGAAGGCGGCGCGCCACUGGAAGUCGAGGUUCGAUGAGGUUUCGGGGGCCAAGCAGAGCUCGUAGGCUCAGGCGCACGGCGUGAAAUGCUCCGAUAUGCGCACGCACGCGUGCACACGUUCGUUGUACGGUAUCGGUUUGUUUUGGCGCCCCCCCUGCCAAAACUCCCUCGCACAACACUGGGCCGCGGUGACUCGAGGAGGCCGCCGGGGCCCGGGCGCGUGUCUUGAAGGUCCGAUACUGGAAGCCCAUGCAGGCC